UGGCGGCUCAGUGCGAACCGAGGGUCUAACCCCAAGCUGGUUGUGAGCGUGGAACGUUAACGAGCUACAGGAUGUUCAGCUGGAUGGGGCGGCAAGCCGGUGGGCGCGAGCGCUCGGGCGGCACGGACGCUGUGCAGACAGUGACCGGAGGCCUGCGCUCGCUCUACCUGCGCAAGGUGUUGCCCCUGGAGGAGGCGUACCGUUUCCACGAGUUCCACUCGCCUGCGCUGGAGGACGCAGAUUUCGAAAACAAGCCCAUGAUCCUGCUGGUGGGCCAGUACAGCACUGGCAAGACCACCUUCAUCAGAUACCUACUGGAGCAGGAUUUCCCAGGCAUGAGGAUUGGUCCAGAGCCCACCACCGAUUCCUUCAUCGCUGUGAUGUAUGGGGAGACUGAGGGCAGUACCCCUGGGAAUGCAUUAGUCGUGGACCCCAAAAAGCCAUUUCGGAAGCUUAGUCGCUUUGGAAAUGCCUUCCUGAAUCGGUUCAUGUGCUCCCAGCUGCCCAAUCAGGUCCUGAAGAGUAUCAGCAUCAUUGACAGCCCUGGCAUCUUAUCUGGAGAGAAGCAGCGCAUCAGCCGAGGGUAUGACUUCUGCCAAGUCCUGCAAUGGUUUGCUGAGCGGGUCGAUAGGAUCAUCCUCCUCUUUGACGCUCACAAACUGGACAUCUCAGAUGAGUUCUCAGAGGCCAUCAAGGCCUUCCGGGGCCAGGAUGACAAGAUCCGUGUGGUCCUUAACAAGGCUGACCAAGUGGACACACAGCAGCUCAUGCGGGUCUAUGGGGCCCUUAUGUGGUCCCUGGGCAAGGUCAUCAACACGCCCGAGGUUCUGCGCGUCUACAUUGGCUCCUUCUGGGCACAGCCUCUGCAGAACACAGACAACCGUCGGCUCUUUGAGGCUGAGGCACAGGACCUCUUCAGAGACAUCCAGAGCCUUCCCCAGAAGGCAGCAGUGCGCAAACUCAAUGACCUCAUCAAGCGAGCAAGGCUGGCCAAGGUGCAUGCCUACAUCAUCAGCUACCUGAAGAAGGAGAUGCCAAAUGUAUUUGGAAAGGAAAACAAGAAGCGAGAACUCAUCAGCAGGCUACCAGAAAUCUACAUUCAGCUGCAGCGGGAAUACCAGAUAUCUGCGGGGGACUUCCCUGAGGUCAAGACAAUGCAGGAGCAGCUUGAGAACUACGACUUCACCAAAUUCCACUCACUGAAGCCCAAGCUGAUCGAGGCCGUGGAUAACAUGCUGAGCAACAAGAUCUCAUCCCUGAUGAGCCUCAUCAGCCAGGAGGAGAUGAGCAUGCCCACACAGCUGGUGCAGGGCGGUGCCUUCGACGGCACCACUGAGGGCCCCUUCAACCAGGGCUACGGGGAGGGGGCCAAGGAGGGGGCUGACGAGGAGGAGUGGGUAGUAGCCAAAGACAAGCCCAUCUAUGAUGAGCUCUUCUACACUCUUUCACCCAUCAAUGGCAAGAUAUCAGGAGUCAACGCCAAGAAGGAGAUGGUGACCUCCAAGCUGCCCAACAGUGUCCUGGGCAAGAUCUGGAAGCUGGCAGACUGUGACUGCGAUGGCAUGUUAGAUGAGGAGGAGUUCGCACUGGCCAAGCACCUCAUCAAGAUCAAGCUCGAUGGCUAUGAGCUGCCCAACAGCCUGCCACCCCACCUUGUGCCCCCCUCCCACAGGAAGUCCCUGCCAAAAGCCGACUGAAGGCAGGUCGCAGAACGGGGUGGGAAGUAUGGGAUGGGAAUCCUGGACCUGGGCCUGAGACCCGCUCUUCUACUGACUUGCUGAAUGACCUUGGGCAAAGCUGCCCUCUCCAUCUGUAGGACAGGAGGGCAGUCACUGGACCUCCUUCACCUCUAAAGUUCACUGAGUUUCUCUUAAAAUAUUGGGGGUAGUGGUGCGGGGGAUGGAUAAUGACAUUGAAAGUUUGAGAGGGGAAAUUAUCCCAAGUACUCAGAAGCCUGAAGAAACGUGGCAAGGGCUUGGUGGGCACCCAGGUACCUGGGGAAGGGUCCUGGGGCAUCACCUGGAACAGCUGAGUUUCAGGGCUGCACUGGGCUGUUCAGAGGCAGCAGCACCCAUCUGUCCUUCAGAGAGCACCAGGAGGCAACAAAGAUGAUCUCAUUUAUUUUAUUUGUUUCUUGCUAAAUUUGGAGUGGGGAAAAAAAAAUAGAGCAGAGAAAUAGAGUUUCUGUUUUCUCCAGUUGUCUACCAAAGAGAAGACUGAAGCCCAGGCUUGAUGCCCCAUGUCUUUGUGAGCCCCCAUCCCUCCUGCGGGCCCCAGCAGAGCAGGUAGCCAGGCCAGCAGGGCACAUGUCCCAGCACCCACUGACCACCCCUGCCAGGCCUCCCUCCAGGUGCUCCCAAGAAAGCUGUGUGUGGUUAGGAAUUUGGAGCUCACAACCUCUAUUAACCUCUGGCAAGGCCUCUAGUUUGCAGUUCAGGUCAUGUUGAUGUCUGCGGAUUAGUUUUUCUCACCAGUUUGCCUGAUACAUUGUAGCAAAGUCUAUUUAUCAGACAUAAUCUACAGUGAGGAAAAGAGGCAGUUCUCCUUUCUCAUUGUUUAGUGUGGCUCUCAACCACUGAAUGUUUCCAAGGGCUGUGGGGGAGAAGAGAUCAAUCUAAGGGGUUAGACUCUAUUUUUGUAGAAAAUAGGCAUUUUUAUUUCCACUCUUGUUUUUCUUACAGGAUAAAAAGUCUUUAUACAGAAAUCUUUCAUAUAAAACCUUUACUCAAAGACCAUGUGGUCGUAUUGUGAAUGCCAGUCUUGAGGCAGGAUUGGGCCACUUACCUCUCCAUUGGCUCAUGGGUCUUCCCAAGUCCUUGAGUGAACCUUUCCAGGCCACUCGCUCAGAUGCAUGGCUCAGAUGGAGGUAGUCAGUUCCCACUGCCACCUACCUACUCUGUUGGCCACAGCAGGAGGAGGCAGGUGACUUUCAACAGUAUUUAUGUAAUAAGAAUCACAAAAUAGUUAUGACCACAUGGCAUGGGCCCUGCCAACACCAAAAAUGAAUGAAAUCAAAACAGUACCAUGAGCCUUCUAAAAAAUUCUUUUUUUUUUUUUUUUCCCUGUCACCUGCCUCUGGUGACAUCAGGAUCUGAACUGCAGAUUUUAGAGAAAAUACUGAUUCUGGGGCAUCUGUUGAGAUGCUAACCUUCUACACCCCCCCACCCCAGUUUGCUUUCUAAAUAAUUCAGUUAUAAGUAAUUACAUAAUAUUUUUAAUCUGAAUGAGCAAUUUUAUAUUGAUACAUAGAAGAAAAAAAUUAUGAUUCCAGUACUGUAGUAUGAGCAGAUAGUUCUGUGAAGGUAAGGACCACCCAGGUGUGCAAAGGGUGGUGGCCACCAGGGAUAGACUGAAAAGAAGUUGGUUUGUCCAGAGGCCUGGAGAUGCCAGGGAGAGCUGACUUUUCAUUCAGAAUUGCCUUGUUUCUUUAACUUUGCUCAGUUGUUGUAUAUAAACAAAUAUAUACAUAUAUAUGCGUCAUGUGAGUAUUUUUAAAAUUUGUCAAUGUGCACACAUGUAGAUUCAUCCAGGUUGUAUCUAUACAGAGGUGUUUAAGGGACAGCAGGCUGAGGUUUCUAGUUUCUCCACAGAAGGAAACUUUUCAAGGCAGUGUGGGAGAGGAUCACACCUUAGUCCUGCCCCUACUGGUGCCUGAGACGUUCUUGAGAAAAAAAAAGAAGAAAGAAAUAACUUGUCCACUUUUUAUGAUAUGUUCUUACACCAUGAAGCUAUUCACCCUGAAAAGUUCGCUGGAACCCAGGACCAGCACAAAGGUCUCUGGAAUGUUAAAACUAAUGUUCUUUCUGAGUCCAAAGAAAACCUAUGAAUCUUGAAGCCCUACUUUCUACACAGUGUAUGCUCUCAUAUAAAUAAACCUCCACAGUCUUGA